GAAACCUAGUUAGUUUGGAGGAGGAGCUGUAGCUGCGCCUGGCGUUUGCGGUCACCUGGUGAACUGGUGUAGAGGAAGACCGGGUUGUGAGGAGUGGAGGCCGGAGGAUCAGGCCCGAGAGUCUGGAAGGUCCCAGUAGCGGGGCUCGAGGCCUCAUGGCUGUCCGAGCGUCGUUCGAGAACAACUGUGAGGUCGGCUGCUUUGCUAAACUCACCAACACCUACUGCCUGGUGGCCAUCGGAGGGUCAGAGAACUUCUACAGUGUGUUCGAGGGCGAGCUCGCCGAUACCAUCCCUGUGGUGCACGCGUCCAUCGACGGCUGCCGCAUCAUCGGGCGCAUGUGUGUGGGGAAUAGGCAUGGUCUCCUGGUACCCAACAACACCACCGACCAGGAGCUGCAACACAUCCGCAAUUGCCUCCCAGACUCAGUGCAAAUCCGUCGGGUGGAGGAGCGGCUCUCAGCCCUGGGCAAUGUCACCACCUGCAAUGACUAUGUGGCCUUGAUUCACCCAGACCUGGAUAGGGAGACAGAAGAAAUCUUGGCAGAUGUCCUCAAGGUGGAAGUCUUCAGACAGACGGUGGCUGACCAAGUGCUAGUAGGAAGCUACUGUGUCUUCAGCAAUCAGGGAGGGCUGGUACAUCCCAAAACUUCAAUUGAAGACCAGGACGAGUUGUCCUCUCUUCUUCAGGUUCCCCUUGUGGCAGGUACUGUGAACCGUGGCAGUGAGGUUAUUGCCGCUGGGAUGGUGGUGAACGACUGGUGUGCCUUCUGUGGCCUGGACACAACCAGCACAGAACUGUCAGUGGUGGAGAGUGUCUUCAAACUGAAUGAAGCUCAGCCUAGCACCAUUGCUACCAGCAUGCGGGAUUCCCUCAUUGACAGCCUCACCUGACUCACCUUCCAUGCUGUUCCCUGGGCUUCUGGUUCUGGACUUCAGCUCCUUCUCCGCACCCCACUGGAGAUGACAGAGAGCUCAAUGGGAAUUGAGUGGCUGGAUGCCCAGCCUUUCUUUGCUUGUGCUCACCUCCUGCAUCUAGUUACCACAGAAAUCUGCUCCAUCGUGCUGGCUGUCAGGCCCUGUGGCUCUUAACUGAGAACUCUUGUUAUCCUGUGCCACCCUAUUAAAAGCACCUGCCUCUA